CCACACUGCUGCUGCUGCUGCUGCUGCUGCUGUGUGAUAGGAGCAAGUGGGAGGAUCAGCUUCCUCUGUUUUGAGGAAAACAUGACGAGACAUCUUCCCCGAGCUGCUGCAGCAGGGGUGGAUUUGGCUUCCUGUCUAUUGCAUUGCACAAUCUUUCGCUUUUGCUUGGACAGAUAAAUAAAUAAAAGAAGGCGCGCUGGAAGACGAGGAGAAGAGGAGAGAAGCUAGGGAGGAAAGGACGGAAAAGAGCCAUAGUAGGGUGAGGGGGUGUGGAAAACAGUAAUACAAAAAAGAGGGGAGAAGUUGAAUGGCAGUGGAUUUAUGGGGAGAUAAAGGGGAGGAAACGGUAGACACAGGGACAGAAGAUAGAGUGAGUUACACUGCAGUAGAAUGAGGGUUAGAGUGAAAGAGAGAGCCAAGAAGCAUUUGAGCUGUCAGCCUUUCACACACCACUCAGGAUCCGUCGCUUUCUGAAAAGGCAAGAAGAGGAAUCCACCGUGGAGGCGAGAAGGAGAAGGAGGAGGGGUGCCGAGGAGGAGGAAGCCAGAGGUUCCACACACAAGAUGGCUGCUGUGUCCUCUGCCUCUGACACAGGGGAUCCCAGGGGCCGACACCCCCCUGAGCGCAGACUGCUGAUCCUGGGGGGACCACAGUCUGGUAAGACCUCCACCGCCAACACCAUCCUGGGGGAUGAGGUCUUCGACGCAGGGACAGAGACUACACACAGCAACGUGGGCCAGACAGAGAUCUACGGGCGACGGGUCACUGUGGUCGACACUCCGCCAUGGGCCAUCCCCAGUGACCCGGAAGAGAACACCGAAGCUGACAAUGACGACAACGCCGGCGCAGAGUCAGACAGCCCUGCGCAACCAGCGCCGAGCCUGGACAGCGAGGGGCCAUGCAUGGGGGCCAUUCUCUGCCCUCCCGGACCCCACGCCAUCCUGCUGGUGGUGUCGGUAACCCAGCCCUUCACUGACAUCCAGAGGAGGGCUGCAGAGGACCAGCUGGGGGCCCUGGGCGGAGGGACCUGGAGGUACUCCAUGGUGGUCUUCACUGGGAUGGACAAGCUGCCCAACGGUGUCUUCAUCGAGGAGCACAUAGCGAACACUGGAGAGUCCCUGCAGUGGCUGGUGGAGAGAUGUGGAAGCAGGUACCACGCCUUUGACAACACUCGGAAAGACACGGAAGACAACACACAAGUACCCGAGCUGAUGGAAAAGGUGGAGGAAAUGAUAACUGACAACCAAGGCUGGUACUUUGAGGUGAAUGAGUUGAUUUUACUGGAAGAAGAGCAGGCCAGGAGAGCUCUGGAGGAGGAGAGGAUAAGGAUGGAGGAGCACGCUAGACAGAGGGAGCAGAUGAUUGGAGGACCUCCCAGAGAGUUGAGACUGCUCUUGUUGGGCUGGAAGGGCGUUGGAAAGAGCUCGGUGGGGAACUCCAUCCUGGGCCGUCGGUACUUUGAGUCGGGCCAGGAGACGGAGUUGUGCCUUAGGAGGCAGGCGCUCGUUUCCGGUCGUCGGAUCACUAUCGUCGACACCCCGGGCUGGGAUUGGUUCUCAGUGAGGCGAACCCCGAAGCGCAUCCGCCAGGAGUCCCAGCGCGGAGCUGCCCUCCUGCGACCUGGACCCCACACCCUGCUGCUGGUCCUCCCCGUCGUCUCGUCCCUCACUGCCAGGAAGCGGCGAACGCUCCUGGCUCACAUAGAGACUCUGUUCGGUGACACUGCGUGCCUCCACACCAUGGUGCUGUUCAGCUGUGGUGAUUGGCUGGGCCGCACGCCCAUCGAGGAGCACAUCCUGAGAGGUGGGCGGGAGCUGCAAAGACUACUCGAAUUCUGUGGGAACUAUUACCACGUCCUGGACAGUAAGACUCCUGGAAAGGACAGGAGUGUGUCAGUCCUCCUGGAUAAGAUAGAGGAGAUGAUCAGAGAGAACGGUGACAAGGCUUUUCUCCCCAUACAGACCGAGUGGUUGAGCGAGGAGAGCUCAUACUCUUCUGACAACACCGAGCCAGAAGACGACUGUCGAGGAUGCCAGCUGCAGUGACCCGCUCGCACUAAAAGGAAAGUGGUCCCGCUUUUUAUCAUCGUUCUGAGUCUCCAGCAGACCCGAAACAUCACCAUGUGUAACUUGAACCUCAUCUAGAUAUCCUGUUCAGACUCUGAAGAGUUUUCGGGAAAAUUAAAUGAGUAGCUUUUUGUUAGAACUGUAAAGACCAAACUCACUGAUUGCCGAGCAAAGGUCGACCCCGGACUGAGAGUGCAAACACUCCUCGAACCCAAGAGGAGGAGGAAUAUCCUGCUUCUGCUUCAAGGGACCAGAGUUCAGUCCCUGUCCAUGAGCAUGUACACAGAUAUCAACUGCUGCUAAAGAGACCUUCUUUCCACACUGCGGAGUAAUGAAUUACUCAUCAUUGUAACUAUGUUCAGACUGCACUGAUAAACUUUGUAUUACAAGUUGAAAGCGUAAAAUCAAAACCAAAAGGGAUAUGCUUAAAAAGGCAAUAUUAUCAUGACUAGUGAGAUUGGGAGGUAGGACUCAGGUCUGCCAUAAGUUUGUCACUCUUGGUUACUGUAAGACUAAGAGGAUUGUUUCUGUGUCUGACUUGUACCAUGACUUUUACGUCAUCCCCCGUUCUGCAUCAAGUGCCAUUUCUGUCAUUCAGUUCAAAGUAGUUUGAAUCAACAAGCGUUCAAAGGAAAAGGUUUGAGUGAAUAUACCAAACCAAAACGUGGACAGUGUGACAAAAGAUAAUAACGUGUACUGGAACGUGUGCACACUAAUGUAACAGAAAAAAGAAGUGAGAAGGGUCUUUAGAUGUAAAAGUACAGACAUGAAAAAUACGAUAAGGCUCUGCUCUUUCACAUGAAUCAUACUAAAUCCCUUUUCGGUAACAUUUGGUUAGUUUCUGCUCAGGGAGUCAGGAUUGAAAUGCUUCCUCUAGGACAAAAUCUGGUACAUUUAAAGAAUUGUUGAUUAAUGCUGAUUGCCAAACUGCAGACGUAAGUCAUAUAUAAAUUAAAAUUUUUGAAGAGAGAGAAGAGAGUCAGUGUUUGCACUUUGGUUGGAAUUGGUUCAUUUUGGUUCUCUUGUGCUAAAGAAGAUCAGUUGAAUAAGGAAGGAAGGAAAUAUAGUCAUUCUUAGCUCACCUCUGCUGUAGCAUUCAUGCACUGGAGGAGCUCUAAAAACAGUAAUGAAAGGCUGAAACUGUGUGCACAGAUCCCCGCGGAGCAGCUUGGGCUGGCUCCGCUUCGCUGUCUCUGGUCACACAUCCAGUGCAUUUAUCGACAAGGUAGAAACAGCUACGUGCCUCAGCAUCAAAGCGUGAGAGUGGGUGUACGGCCCUGCGGCAGGGCAGUACCCUCUAGGCUACAUCCAGCUUUCGCAUGCUACAGAAACAACAUAACCUCAUGAACCACUCGAGCUCAAAUAGGGCUUUUACUACCUUUUUCUACAUCAUCGAGACAUCUGUUCCUGACGUCGACAGCGGCGUUUUGAAAAAAUAAUAUAUAUAUGUAUUCAACUCUCAGAGGCAUGUUAAGACAUCGCAUGCAGGACAACGCGUGCCUAUAGAGUUGAAGGCAACCUCACUUCUUAUUCCCCUGACUCUUGCUUGAGCAAGUCUAUAUGGGGAUUUCUGGUAAAACAUCACAUCUUCUACCUUUACAAGUGCAAAAAUGAAAGAAAAAGAGAAUUCGUGCUCUGAAAUGUACAAAUAAAAGCAUAUAUAAUGUGUGACCGAUACCACUGCCAUGCUGUUAAAUUUUAUUUUUACAAACCCUGACACUGCUUCCCCUAUGCUUUACUGACUCUGUGCUUCAUCCUGUGAUGUAGGCUAACACAGCACUAAGUGACAAGCAUGACUUGACAAUUUGAUAUGAUGUUUAAAACAUUCAUUUGGAGUCUUACAGUCCCACUUCACCUGUGAAUAUAUUGUAUAAGCCAUGUAUAUUUACAGUGUAAAAUAUGUUCCAUUGUACUUUUAGCCAAGCAUUUUUCACUGUGUAGAUUCUACCACUUUAUUGUAGCCAAAGUGACGUUACUUCCUGUGUGGUCCUUCCCAAAUGGUGAUUGCAUCAUCGCUACUCUGCACAUCCUCAGACAAUAAAAGAUAUGGAUAUAU